UUAUUUUAUGACUACAACAUGCCUCCAAAACAUCAGCAAAACAUUUGGUUAAAUGUAGGCAGUAAAUCGAAUAAGGAGACCCCUGACUAUUGCCUGUUUUUUUAAGCCAUUAUUUAUGUUAAAGGUUCCAGAAUGGCCUGUGUUCACACACACAUUGCUUACAAUGCUAGCCCACGUUAUUCUUGACCCUCCCUUCCUUCCUUUUCUUGGUGCAGCCUACCGAUAGAAAACGCCCACUGUGGGUUAAAGAGGCCAGAGCAGUGGUGUAAUACUUAGAAAAAAAAUUGCUUUAGCGGCAACUCACGGAUAGCCUCUCAGGCGACCAGUCCCUGCUUAAGGAUAAAGACAUCAUACGUGGACUCCAUUUGCUUGGAGACAGAAGCUUAAGGAUGUGUGUCUGUAGAUGGCUUGCAAUGCUCCUCCUUCCCUCGGUCCUAGACGCAGCUACCCCUCACCCUGCUUCCACCCUAUCACAGCUCCAUUUUCAACCCCCCAAGCCUGCAUCCCUUCGACCUAGCAUCUCUCCUGCUCUUCCAUCCUCUCUACUUCCCCCUUCCCACAGCAGUUUGUUGCAGGGCCAAGACUUCAACAGCAAACAGCAAUGCACCCUGAUGAUCUCACCGUCUGAACUGGUGGUCAGGUUUGGGGAUCCACUGUUUGCUAACUGCUCCAUAGAAAUGAUGGAGGGUCCUCUAGGCUGGCUUGUUGAACCGGACAAACAAGAGUUAACACUAGUUCGGUUCCUGGUCUUGAACUUCACCAGCCUCACAGUGUGGGGUCUUAAACCAAAGUGCUUUGUGAUGACUGACCAGAGUGGGGAUUGCUCCAGUGUGCUUCAUCUCACCGUCUACAAACCUCCGGACGAGGUGUCCAUCAGCUUUGUAAACCACACUGGCCCACUGCUUGAAGGACAUCCGUACACCCUCCAGUGCCGUGUCCAGGAAGUUGCUCCUGUUCAGAACCUCACCGUGACCUUCUACAAAGGAGACACCAUGCUGGGCCCGGUACAGUCCAGCAGGAACUCUGUGGAGGCACCGGUGACAGAGACGUUCACCUUCAGCUUCAACUUCAGCAGAGAGGAUGAUGGGGUCCAGUACUGGUGUGAAGCCAAACUGAAUCUGGGACCACACGGACCAGCGUUACCGCUUGUGAUGCAGUCACAGACACUCAAAGCUAUCAGCCUCAGGGCCAAAGGAACCACCAACGCUAACUCUGGACCCUUUAUACCGAGCAUUUUACUCCUGUCCAUCCAGUUCAUUUAUUGGGUAUCAAACCAUGUAUGUUCUAUGUAAGUAACACAAAGCUGUUUUGGAUUAGCUAAGUCCCGCCUACUAGAAAACUAAAACAUGAAAAGACGUUGAAGUAGGACUGAUUAUAUAUGCCGAGGAGUGAGCGGAGCCCAGAAGCGUUAGGUAGCCUUUUGUGAACAGAGGAGCAUAUAUGAUUAGCUCAACCAUCAGACUCCAUAAUGUCUAGAACAUUUCCCUGCCAAAAGGACCCUCUUAAAUAGACAGUAUGUAUUUUUCUGUUACCCUCCUCAAUUGGUGAGGUGCACGGACUAGACCAUUGCUACUUAUAAAUACCCCCUACCAUAAAGAUCUCAUUCAGGUACAGUGUGCAAAUUGCUCACACAUUAGUGCUUAUUUCAUGUAGAAUAUUUCUGUAAAUUGUAAACCGUUAAUAGAAUAUUUGACAAAAGUGCAUAAAACCAUGGAAAUGUAAUGUAAAUUA